GGAUCCGGAAUUCCGGAUAAUGACUCCACCUGUAUCAUCGUUCCGACAGACCACAGACAAUUCCUUCUCCUCCCUCCCUCGACUCCAUCAUUUCUCUCUCUGAAUUCCUUAUCAAAACCCUCACCGGUAAUCGAUUCGUUUCGUAAAAUUGCACUGACUUCGGAUAAUGGCGACUUUGUUCCCUUCCACCGCCACCGCAAAAACAACCUUCCGCCACCACCAACAACAUCCGUAUCUGUGCCGUUGUUCAUCCGCUCGGCCUUACCUCUCCGGAUUAUCUUCGAGCCGUUCCGAUUUUCUGAACCCGUCUUCGGCUAAUCUCAGAAUGAAUCAAAUUGUUCCUCUCGGGAGGAUCGACCGGAACGAGUCCCUCGUCGUUCGGAUGUUGUGGGAUGGUCCGCUUUCCUCUGUUAAACUGAUUCUCCAAGGCAGAAACAUAAAGUUGAAUGAUGCAGUUAAGAAGUAUGUGGAAGAGAAGGUUGGCAAGGCUGUUAAGCACCACUCCAAUCUAGUGAGGGAAGUUGAUGUUAGGUUAUCAGUUCGCGGCGGCGAGUUUGGAAAAGGCCCAAAGACCAGUAGAUGUGAGGUGACUAUGUAUACAAAGAGGCACGGAGUGGUUCGGGCCGAGGAAGAUGCAGAUUCACUCUAUGGGAGUAUAGAUUUGGUAUCAGCGAUUGUAAAAAGGAAGUUGAGGAAAAUUAAGGAGAAGGAAAUAGACCAUGGUCGGCACAUGAAGGGGAGAUUGAGGGACCCCGAGGAACUUUACAUGGAGAAUGGAUACUCUUUCGAGGAAGAGGAAGAGGAAGAGGAGGAAGAAGAAGAAGGAGAAGGAAAAGGAAAAGGAGACUUCAUCAAUAAGAUUGUUCGUACGAAAUAUUUUGACAUGCCACCUUUGACUGUUGCUGAAGCAAUUGAGCAGCUGGAAAUGGUCCAUCAUGACUUCUAUGGUUUUCGAAAUGAAGAAACUGGUCAGGUAAACAUUCUGUACAAACGAAAAGCCGGAGGCUAUGGGAUUAUUAUUCCUAAAGGAAAUGGCGAAGCUGAGAAAUUAGAGCCCGUGGUGAUCGAGGUGGAUUGAGCCCACUUUGGCAGAAUAGAUUCUUCAUUUCUUCUUGUGACGCAAAAUCCUAUUGCAAUAUAUGAAUAACCACAUGCAUAACAUUUCUGGUUUUCGCAAGGGGAGAGUCUGCAUGAAGUGGGGGUUGCAUGAUUACGUUCGAGAUCAAAAUGAAGAUCGAGUUUGGAUUGUACAGAGAUGUGUUUUUUGAUUUUUGUAUCUUGUAAGAGUAGUUUGCAGGAGUAGGUGCCCGGGAUAUAGGUACUUGGGAAAAGUUAUGUUAUUACCGGCGAAUCAUCGAAAAUUAGUAUACCAGUUAACGACACGUGUUUUUCUC